CUUCUCUUUUCUCUUUCUACUUUUCAUUCUUUCGCUUUGGUUACCAACGUUCAUCCCCACCCUUUCUUCACCAACAUUUCAGGAUCGUAAGGAAAGCUCAGUCAUCAGAAACGCAGACAGUUGGAUUAAUCUACAGGGAUAUAUACAUCAUUUAUACAAACGUCCUCAAGAUGCCUGUCGUACAUCAAUUUCGAGCGGUUGCGAACACUUCCAACGUGCUCCUCAUCACAAAGAUCGUGACUAUCUCAUCUAUGGGCAUCUACGCAGGUUCUGCAUUGAAUUUCAACACUGUCAUCAUGCCUUCGCUCCGUCGCUUCGCCUGGAACUCGUCGCUUUCAGUCUGGGGAGAAAUGUUUAUUCUUUCUAAACCCAUACAAUUCACCUCUAUAAUGACCAGUGUAAUCGGCGGAUCAAUCUUAUUCUAUCAAACCCGGAACCCUUACUAUCUUGCAGGUGCAGCCAUGAUGGGCUCGAUCUUGUUCUACACAAACGUUUUAUUACAUCCGAUUCAUGCCCACUUGUUGGAUAUUCGUAAACAUUCACGGGAAGAACCUUCAGUCGAAGAAAUGUUGAUUCAAUGGGAUGCAAUCCAUUUCGGAAGGACUUUACUCAGCUAUGGCGCCAUGGUCGUUACUCUCUAUGCAGCCUUAAGUGGACCUGGUUAUACGCGAGUAUCAUUGUGAAUGCUAUAU